AUGGCGCAGUUGAAUAGUUCCAGUCCCGAUUUGGUGCCAAACAAGGGAAAGGGGAAACUGGUUGAUUCGGUGGAGGGAAACAACCCGGCUGACAGUGGGAGGGUGGUUGGAGGGUCCGUGGCUUGUGGCACAGGCUCCAUGGGCACUGUGUGCCAUAUGGCACAAGGGAAUAGUGGAGGGCAGCAUCUUCAAAUUCUUCUCCAAAUGAUGGCUUCAACGAAGGGAGUGAAUAGGGAAUCUCAAGGUGAUGAAGAGGGUAUGGAAGUGGACACAGGUGGCAGCAACAGCUCAGGAGAUACGGGCUGUGCGUUUGCAGAAGGCCAGAAGGGCGAUUCCAAGAUCGUGGGGGUUUUAUGCUGUGGAACCCCAAGGUACACAUGGUGCAACAAUCAGCAGGGGCGGGCACGUGUGUGGGAGAGACUAGACAGAGCAUGUGCUAUAGCUGGGUGGAUCCAGAGCUUUCCUGAUCAUCAUGUCAGACAUUUGCCGAGGAUAGCAUCGGACCAUAAUCCAUUGUUGGUGAGUACUGAGGCACAUAUCCCAGUUCGAUCCCCCUUCAGGUUUGAGAAGUUUUGGCUGUGCUACCCACGGUCCUGGGAGAUGGUGCAGGAGGCAUGGAGUACCCCGGUUAGGGGUGAUGCUAUGUAUCGGGUGUCCCGAAGGCUGGAGUUGACCAGGAGGCGGCUGCGAAGGUGGAACCGAGAGGAGGUGGAGAACAUUUUCAGGAGAACAGAGGAGGAGGAGGAGGCCAUUGACAGAUUACAGUCUCAGGAGGCACAGAGAGGAGGGUUAUCGGAGGAGGAGAUGGGAGAGCUUAGAUCGCACUUGGCCUUACAUGACUCCCUUCUUAGGCAACGGGAUACCUUAUGGAGACAGAAGUCCAGGAUCCAAUGGAUCUUGGAGGGAGACCGGAACACUAGAUUUUUUCAUCAGGCGACAAUGAUCAGGAGGCAUCAGAACAAGAUCAGAAUUAUCAGGAGUGAGGACGGGCAGAUGUCAGAGGACCCUGACAUGAUCCGGAGGAUUAUGGAGAGCUUCUUCAAAGCGAGGUGGACGGAGCCGUUAGGUGGGAGGCGUCGAGUGGAGAUGCCGAUGCCUACUGUGAGGGUAUCGGAGGAGGAGACAGAUGUAAUGAUUAGGCUGGUAUCAGAGGAGGAGAUGAAGGCGGCGGUGUGGUCCCUUGAGGGGGACAAGGCACCAGGGCCAAAUGGUUUUCCACCGUUGAUCUUCCGAAGGUACUGGAUGGUAGUAGGACAAGAUAUAACGGCGGCUAUACAACAGUUCUUUACCACAACUGUGAUGUCAUCAGACCGGCAGAGGACCUUCAUUACCCUGAUACCGAAGCGGCAGGAUGCUACUGACCCGGGUCAUUUCCGACCGAUCAGCCUGUGCACCACUUUGUACAAGGCAACGAUGAAGAUUCUUGCUGUCAAGUUGAGGGAUUUACUUCCGAGGCUGAUCAGCCCGGAGCAGGAUGCUUUCAUAGGCGGUCGGAGCAUCUCCAACAAUGUACUGAUAGCACAGAAGUUCAUGUUCGAUCCGGGGAGGGCCCCGAUGAGGAGGAGCUUGAUGAGGGUCAAGCUUGAUAUAGAGAGGGCCUAUGAUAGGAUGCGGUGGAACUUUGUACAUCAGUCUCUACAGGUGUUUGGUUUUUCGGAGACAUGGAUUCAGUGGAUUAUGGGUUGUGUCAGGGCUCCUUCUUUUGCCAUCUUGGCUGUACUUACUCAGGAGCUAGAGACUUACAGGCCAGUAGUGGAUGCUCCCUCGAUCUCUCAUUUGCUUUUUGUGGAUGAUUGUCAACGAGUUAACUUAUCGAAAUCUGUAGUCUGCUUUAGCUCGUCGACCAGACAAGAGGAGAAGAACUCUAUCAUGGAGAUUCUGGGGGUGGCCGAGCAGGAUGGCAUGAUGAGGUACUUGGGGGUCCCGCUUUCUGGUCGGCGACUGCGCGGCAGGGAUUGUACUUUCUUGGAGGCCAGCAUCAGGCAAAGGGUGGAGGGCUGGCAGAGGCACUCACUAUCUAUGAUGGGGAGGAUCACUUUGGUUCGGUUAGUCCUUUCUUCGAUCCCUACCUAUCUACUUUCCACCUCCUUCAUCCUAGUGGCGGUUCUGAGGACCAUUGAGCAGCUUCUUAGAAGUUUCAUUAGGGGGAGGCAGGGUGGUAGAGAUGGUAUUCAUCUGCUGGCAUGGGAGGUGGUGUGUCAGCCGACCAGAUGGGGAGGUUUACGGGUGCAGUCCUUAUUGGAGAGGCGGGAGGCUUUAGCGGCAUGCCAUGUUGCUAGAUUUGUUAUGGAGUCUAACAGCAUAUGGUCCUCGUUGUUGAGGGCUAAGUAUGGAGUUUUGAUUCUCGGAGCAAGAGCAGCCCGUCAUCACUCUCCAGUGUGGAGGGAGAUGUGCACCAGAGUGGGGGCGGUAUUGCCGGAGAUCAGAUGGGCUGUUGGCGACGGACGCUCGAUAGAUGUGUUGGAGGAUUGUUGGGUGACCGCGCAGCCGAUCAGCCGCCUGCCCACCAUGGUGGAUUCGGGACGCUUAACAGGCUGUAGGGUCAGCGAUCUGAUGAUCCCAGAUGAGGGCAGGUGGAGGGUGGGGCUGGUCCGAGAGGUGUUUGGGGAGCAGCUGGCAGAGAUGAUACUGGCUCUUCCGGUGCCCACCAGAGGGGAGUCUGACAGGUUGAUCUGGGUGCCAUCGGGACGGUCGCAGGUGCGAGCUAGGGAUCUUCUGGCUCUCUUCAGUGGGGAGCUAGUCAGGCAGAUUGAGAAAGGGUAG